CCCGCGGCGAUCCAAGCUAGACCCCUUCCGAGGGACCUGUUUUUCAUCCCGAGUCGUGUUGUGACGGUUCUGGGGCCCGUGCUCCCCGCGCGAGCGCAGCAGGGCCCUCCCAGCCAGGCAUGGGUUUCAUCGCGCCGGACGCGGGCGGCGCCGACGCCUUCGUGCACCGCAGCGACCUGUCCGACGGGCAAAUGCUGACCGUCGGCUCCACGGUCAGCUUCGAGGACGGGUUCGACAGCACGAAGGGCAAGCGCACCGCGAAGAACGUGGUGGGCGCGGUCUACCCGGCCGGGAAGGGCGGCGGUGGUCCGCCGCCCCCGGCUGGCAGCGUGGGGACGGGCGCCAUGCUCAGCGGGGUAGUGAGGAUAUGGAAGGAGGAGAGGGGGAUGGGCUUCAUCGCGCCCGACUCCGGCGGGGACGAUGCGUUCGUGCACCGGAGCAACCUGCUCGACGGCCAGCGUCUGCAGGUCGGCUCCCAGGUGACGUUCGAGGAUUCAUGGGACGCGGCGAAGAACAAGAGGGCGGCCGUGAACGUCACCGGCGCGGUGCCCGACGGGGCCGCUGGGGUUCCGGCCGGGUACGGCGCGGCGCCUCCCCCUCCGACCGGGCCGCCCCCGCUGCAGGCAGCAUACGGGCAGGCGGGCUCCAGCGCACCGCAGGGGGGAACGGUCAAGGCGUGGAUCGAGGAGCGGGGCAUGGGCUUCCUGAGACCAGACGCAGGCGGCGAGGACGUCUUCGUGCACCGGAGCGCGCUGGCGGACUCGGAGUGGCUGGUCGUGGGCGACGCGGUGGUGUUCAGCCAGGGCUGGGACGCGGGCAGGGGCAAGAUGCUGGCCACGUGGUGCUCGGUGGCGGCCGCCGUGCCGGGCCUGGCGGAGAGCGGCCCCGCGCGCGGCGCCCCGCCGCCGCCCCCCGGCGGCGGCCGCGGUGGCGUGGUGACGGGCGUCGUGAAGACGUGGAUCGAGCAAAGGGGCAUGGGCUUCAUCAAGCCGGACUCCGGGGGCGACGACGUCUUCGUGCACCGGAGCGACAUUUUGGACGCCCAGUGGCUCGUCGAGGGCACGCCAGUGCAGUUCGAGGAGCACUGGGACACCGGGAGGGGGAAGAGGAUAGCGCGGAGGGUCUGCGGGGCCGGCGGCGCGUCCGGCGGUGCGGAGGGGCUGCUGGACGGCGUGAUGAAGAUGUGGCUGCCGGAAAGGGGCUUCGGCUUCAUCGUCCCGAGCGGCGGGGGCGACGACGUCAUGAUCCACAUCAACGAGGUCUCGCCGGGCGCCGCCCUGGCGCAGGGCGUGCGGGUGCAGUACACCGCCGUCUGGGACCCGGCGAAGGGCAAGAUGAAGGCGACCAGCUGCGUGCCCGCCGCGGACGCGCAGGGCGCCCAGGGCGCCUACGGCGCCGCCGCCUGCAGCGGCGGCAAGGGGGACCCGCCGCCGCCGCCCGGCGGCGACGGCCCGUGGGACAACCUCUUCGUCGCCGGCCUGCCCCAGGGCAUCGCCGAGGACCAGGUCCGUGAGAUGUUCGGUCAGUACGGCAUCGUCGCCAACUGCCGGGUCCUGGCCAGCAACGGCAAGCCCGACGCCGCGGCCCUGGUGCAGAUGUCCGACCCGGCCGCCGCCGAGUGGCUGGUCGAGAACCUGAACGGCAACAUCCCGUCUGGCAUGACGACUCCGGUGCGCGUCAGCUUCGCCUCCAAGGGAGGGCACUGCAAGGGCGGCAAGGGCGAAGGGGGCGGCCGCGCCCCGCCCUACGGCAAGGGCUGAGGGCCUCCUCCUUUUCCUCCUCCCUCCUCUCUCCUCCCUCCUCCCUCCUACCUCCUCCUCCUCCU